UGAACUGAGUUCGAUCGAUCCGAGGGGCUUCGGAUUGUGUCGAGAUGCAUGCCAGGAACCACUGGGGCGGGUCGUUCGAGAUCAACGGAGAGUCCUCCGCCACGGAGGACGACCAGCGGAGCCGGGAGUGGGACCCGGCCGCCCUGCACCCCCAGCCGCACCACCACGAGCUCGACGAGACCCAGCAGAGCUGGCUCCUCGGCUCCCACGACCAGCGCCCCAAGAAGGACAAGUACGUCGACUUGGGCUGCGUCGUCUGCAGCCGCAAGGCGCUCAAGUGGACCGGCUGGGCCUUCGUCGCCGCCUUCUUCUUGAUCGCCCUCCCCGUCAUCAUCGUCAAGACCGUGCCGAGGCACAAGCCUCGUCCGCCGCCGCCCGACAAUUACACCGUGGCGCUCCACAAGGCGCUCCUCUUCUUCAAUGCCCAAAAGUCUGGGAUAUUGCCCAAGAAUAAUGGCAUCCCUUGGAGAGGCAACUCGGGGCUGCAGGACGGGAACACGACGGACGUGAAGGGAGGGCUGGUCGGAGGGUACUACGACGCGGGCGACAACACCAAGUUCCAUUUCCCGAUGGCGUUCGCAAUGACGAUGUUGAGCUGGAGCGUGAUCGAGUACAACCACAAGUACCAGGCGGUCGGCGAGUACAACCACGCCCGGGACCUCAUCAAGUGGGGCACCGACUACCUCCUCCUGACCUUCAACUCCUCGGCGACCAAGAUCGACAAGAUCUGCAGUCAGGUGGGCGGAUCUCAGAACGGUUCAACGACUCCGGACGAUCACUACUGUUGGACCAGGCCGGAGGACAUGGACUAUGCGCGGCCAGUGCAGUUCGCUAAUUCCGGGCCGGAUCUCGCGGGGGAAAUGGCUGCGGCCCUCGCGUCCGCUUCGAUCGUGUUCCGGGACAACCCCUCCUACUCCAAGAAGCUGGUCAAAGGCGCCCAGACGCUCUUCGCGUUCGCCCGGGACUUCGGGAGGCGCACCCCUUACUGCCGCGGUAAUCCUUACAUCGAGCCCUAUUAUAACUCGACGGGCUACUUCGACGAGUACAUGUGGGGUGCGGCGUGGCUGUUCUACGCUACUGGGAACCAGACCUACAUCUCCCUGGCCACGAACCCGGGCCUCUCCAAGAACGCCAAAGCGUUUUACAUGAUCCCGGACUUGAGCGUCCUGAGCUGGGACAACAAAUUGCCGGCGGCGAUGCUCCUCUUGACGAGGCUGCGAAUCCUCCUGAACCCGGGCUAUCCGUACGAGGACAUGUUGAGCAUGUACCAAAACGUGACCGGCCUUACCAUGUGCUCGUAUCUUCGCGAAUUUCGCGUGUUCAAUUGGACGAAAGGAGGAAUGAUACAGCUGAACCACGGAAAGGCACAGCCGCUGCAAUACGUCGCCAACGCUGCGUUCUUGGCGUCUCUCUACGUUGAUUACAUGAAUGCUACCGGCGUCCCGGGAUGGUACUGCGGUCCGAACUUCGUAUCAUCCGACACUCUUCGGAAAUUCGCCACCUCUCAGAUGAACUACAUCCUGGGAGCAAACCCAUUGAACAUGAGCUAUGUGGUCGGGUUCGGCGCAAAGUACCCGAAACACGCGCACCACCGCGGCGCGUCGAUCCCGCACGACAAGACGAAGUACUCGUGCACCGGGGGGUGGAAGUGGCGCGACACCCGCAACAGCAACCCCAACACGAUCACGGGGGCGAUGGUCGCAGGGCCGGACCGGUUCGACCAGUUCAAGGACGUGCGCGGGAACUACAGCUACACCGAGCCCACCAUGGCUGGGAACGCGGGGCUCGUGGCGGCUCUCGUAUCGCUGACGGAGAGCGGCGGCCGCAGCAUUGACAAGAACUCCAUUUUCUCGGCUGUCCCGCCACUCUAUCCCGUCACCCCGCCGCCACCGCCGCCGUGGAAGCCCUGAACCUCUGAUUGCUUUAGUUGAUUUUGCUCCAAUAUCCUUCUUGUCAUUGCCCGUUGUUUAUAUGUUGCACAUUUUAGUAUUUCAAUUGGCAAAGUUAAUGGAGCUUCAGAGUUAUACAU